CGGAGAGGGAGUGCCCUCUAGUGCCAGGGAGAGCGAAGGCCGAGGAGGCAGCAGCUGGAGAAGGAAGGCAGGUCCAGAGGCCAGGCCUGACAGGGAGGCACUGCCAGCCCAUGAGGGGUGAGCCGCCUGCAGCCUGACCUAGCCGAGAUCUGCACUGUCCCCGUCAGUGUCCUGGGACCACGUGAGGAUGCUCUGGUGGCUUCUUGUCUUCUCAGCCCUGGGUCUCGGGGCCUGGGGUGAUUCCUCCUGGGAUGAAACACAAGCUAAACACCUGUCAGAGGGGCUUCAGGACCUGUCUGGCAACAUCUCCCAGCUCGCUGAGAAAGGACAAAGGGGUCUCAAUGGCGUCUCGGCUGUGGUCUCUCGCAAGCGGCGGGCGGCGGACAGUGUUGGCUGCAGAGCCCAGCUGGCCCUGCCGGUGAACUUCCUUGUCACGCACCACAUACCCCGGCUGGAGUGUCACGACCAGACUGAGUGCCGUCAGAGGCUGCGGGAGCUUCAGGCCCAUCACGUGCGCAAUGGGUGGUGCGACGUGGCGUACAACUUCCUGGUUGGAGACGAUGGCCGGGUGUACAAAGGUGUUGGCUGGAACGUCCAAGGGAUGCACACCCAGGGCUACAACAAUAUCUCCCUGGGCCUCGCCUUCUUUGGCACCAAGGAAGGUCACAGCCCCAGCCCUGCCGCCCUGGCAGCCAUGGAAGCUCUGAUCUCCUCCGCUGUGCGCAAGGGCCACCUGUCACCCCUGUAUGUCCAGCCACUUCUUGUGAAAGGCGAGAGCUGCCUGGCCCCUCAGCAGGAGGCAAGUCUCAAAGAAGCUUGUCCCUUCAUUGUCCCACGGUCUGCUUGGGAGCCCAGGGGGACCCACUGCCCCAAGAUGAAUCUGCCAGCUAAGUAUGUCAUCAUCAGCCACACCAUGGGGAGAACCUGCAGCAAGUCUGAUGAGUGCCUCGUGCUGGUCCAAGAUAUCCAGUCCUACUGGAUGGACAAAUUGGGCUCAUGUGAUACUGGGUACAACUUCCUUGUGGGCCAGGAUGGUGUCAUUUAUGAAGGAGUAGGCUGGAGUGUCCAAGGUUCCCACACCCCUGACUACAACGACAUUGCGCUGGGCGUUGCCUUCAUGGGCAUCUUCUCCAGUACCCCACCCAAUGCUGCAGCGCUGGAGGCUGCCCAGAACCUGAUCCAGUGUUCCGUGGCCAAGGGGCACCUGGCUUCCAACUACCUGCUGGUGGGGCACAGUGAUGUGUCCAACGUUCUGUCUCCUGGGAGGGCUUUGUACAACAUCAUUAAGACUUGGCCUCAUUUCAGACACUGAGGGAGCCCCUGCUCCUUCCAAGACCACCCGCCUCCCCAACCCCGGCUUCAGGCCCUCCCCUUCCUCACCCUCCAUCCUGGCUCAACACCUUGUGUCCCCUCCCCACCAGCCCCAUCCUGUCCCUCCUGUCUCAGGUUAGUAAGAUCAUUUCCUGCCAGCAUCCUCCAGCGUCCCUCAAACCCCGCAGGGGGGCAUUCCCAGCCCUCGGAAGUCUGGGCCCAGCCUUCCUCCCUCCUCACCUUCCUCUCCCUGGCACCCACCUCCUCAGCCAGGUGAGGCUUCUCUUCCCUUUGUACACGCCCCUCUCCUGGUGUGCCUUCCCCUGCUGUCUGCCCGGCAGCCUCCAGCCUCACACGUGACCCAGGUUGACGUCCCAGUCCCUCCUCUCUGCGCACACACUGACUUGUCCAUGUUUGGAUGCGGCCCUUAUUUCAGGGUGGCAAUUGUUUGUGGACAUGUCUGUUCUCUCUACUGGAUUGUGAGGUUGUCCAGUUUUGUUCAUGUCUGUGUCCUCAGUCCUUCAGCAGUGUCUGCAUUCCAGUAGGUGCUGCAGAUGUUUGUUGGAAAAACAGAUGAAUAAAUGAACAAACUGACCAAGUCCCUGCUCCCCUUUCCAACUGGCUGGUUAUGCCCUCUUUGGGAGAGUCUUGCUGGACCUCGGACAGUCCCCCAUCCUGUCAGCUUUCUCUCUGUUCCAUUCCUUUCCAGUCCGAUGCUCCGAGCUGGCUCUGGUCGCUCAUCUGUAAUGGAUGCUGUGCCCCACAGGUUCCACGUCCCCUCCUCCCAGAGCUCCCUGAGGGCAGGGACCACGCACUCCUCCAGGCCACCCAGUGCCUGCUGACAUAGAUGCUCGUAGAUGAGAACUAUAAACUAACAUCUCAGAUCUAGCUAAAAAAUGUCAGGAAAACGGUAUAAGAUAGGAAAGAACAAUUACCAAGAAGUGUAAACACUGAGAAAUCAGAUAAUAGAACUCAUGAGAGAGUAAGCAAUAAAACCAUUUCAGAAAUGACCAGUUAAAAGAAGGAGGAUAAAAGUGACUAUACAUAGAAGAAAAAGAAGAUCAAAUGAAAGAAAAAUUCAGAAAUCAAAAAGAAAUUAAAAAGUAAAAGUAAAACAAUUAGAGGGAAAGUAAUCAAUAUAGUAGAUAAGCAAAGAAGUUACAAGGUACAUAUGGUUGAAGUCCCUAAACAAGAAAAGUGAAGUAAGGGAAUAGGACAAAUACUAAAAGCUGUAAUUCUAGAAAAACUUCCUGAAAAAAAAGUUUUGAAAAUUUACUUUUAAAGGAUAUGUUUUGGGACUUCCUUGGUGGCACAGUGGUUGGGAAUCCACCUACCAAUGCAGGGGGCAUGCUUUUGAUCCCUGGUCUGGGAAGAUCCCACAUGCUGCAGAGCAACUAAGCCCAUGUGCCACAACUACUGAGGCCAUGCACCGCAACUACUGAAGCCCGCACGCCUAGAGCCUGUGCUCUGCAACAAAAGAAGCCACUGCACUGAGAAGGCCACACACUGCAACGAAGAGUAGCCCCUGCUGGCCGCAACUAGAGAAAGCCCACUUGUAGCACUGAAGACCCAAUGCAGCCUAAAUAAAUAAAUAAAUAAAUACAAUAAUGACUUUAAAAAAAGAGGCAUGCUUUGUACCUAAAAAGAAUGUCUCAAAAUGAUGAAUUGCAAGGUAUGUUAAACUCAUGGAUUUUCAAGAAGACAUUUACUUUGGGCAGUCAAGAUAAAAACCAAAAAUAAGUGACAAAUAUGAGAGGGAAAAAUGUCAUUGGACUUUUUGACAACAACAUUUUAGGCUAAGAAAAAGUGGAAUAACGUUUAAAAUAUAAGGAAAUAUGUGAUAAUGUGAUCUACGGAUUGACUUUCAAAUACAAAGGUCACAGACAAACUCUCAUCAACGUACAAGGACUCUGGGAAUAUAGUCUCAUGACCCCUUCCUUAGGAAUGUACAAGAUAAUGACCUCAAACCACCAAAAUGAGACAUUGACAUCAUGACCAGAGGGGGCAUUUAAUGUAUGUGUAUUUGUAAAUUAAGACUAAAUGAGGAUUGUUAGAGCAAGAGUAGAGUAUGUAAUGUUUAUGAGCUCUAGCAAAGCAGCAGGUGACAGAACUGAAAAAAAAGUGUGGUGGGAAUGAGAAGAGUGUCUGCAAGUUAAUUUUAAACCAUUUUAGUAAUUAUAUUGUUGGUGCUAACAUUGGUAUUGUUUUUGUAAGAAAGUUUACUGUGAGAUGUGGGAGCAAACAAAGGAGUAAUUAUGUGAUAUUCUGAUUUCAUCAUCCCCUGGUGUUCUCAGGGUGGGAAAGGAGAUGCAGACUAACUUAGAAGAGGUUAAGUAAUACACCAGAUCCCUGGAUUUGAAUGGAAAAUACCUGUAUAAACUCACGAGGUGUUUAUGAACUCAUGAGGUGUUUCAUCUUAACAUUUUUAAAGAAAAUUUUAUUUAUUUUUGGCUGCUUUGGGUUUCUGUUGCUGUGCGCGGGCUUUCUCUAGUUGUGGUGAGUGGGGGCUACUCUCUAUUGUGGUGCACGGGCCCCUCAUUGUGGUGACUUCUCUUGUUGCUGCGGAGCAUGGGCUCUAGGCAUGUGGGCUCUGGUAUUUGCAGCAUGCGGGCUCAGUUGUUGUGGCUCCUGGGCCCUAGAGUGCAUGGGCUUCAGUAGUUAUGGCUCGUGGGCUCUAAAGCACAGGCUCAGUAGUUGUGGUGCACAGGCUUAGUUGCUCCUUGGCAUGUGGGAUCUUCCCGGACCGGGGUUUGAACCUGGGUCCCCUGCAUUGGCAGGCGGAUUCUUAACCACUGCACCACCAGGGAAGUCCCCAUCUUAACAUUUUUAACCAUUGUCUACUGAAGAGGUCUGGAAACUUUGAUCAAUCUGUUAGCAAUAAGUUAGCACCAGAUUGUGGGCUGAAAAUACCAUUUCCCAAUAAAAGAAAUAAAAACUUCUUGGCGAAACGAACAAUUUCAGGUCUGGGAUAGAACAUGUAUGAGAUAUGUGUGAAAUUUUCUCAUAUCAGAUAGCAAUGAAGCCAAACAAUAUUUCUUAUUUUAGGUCAAAAGCUC